GUUUUUUUUUUGUUUUUUUCCUUCUAUUUUUUAUUUUAUUUUAUUUUAGAAUACAAUAUGGAAUAUUUAUUUCCUGCAGAAAUAUUUACAAAUAUGCUUGGCUAUAUGUCAAUCAUUGACUUGGUUCGACUAGAGCGAACUUGUCGACUAUUUCAGUCAUAUGCAUUAUAUGAAAUUGAAAAGCGUAUUAUCAAAUCAGAAUCAUCUAAGCAUGAAUGGGGAAUUCUGAUUCAUCUCAGUCAAGCCACAGCUUGCCCAAUUCGAUUUGAUUCAAAGACAAAAAGAGCUUAUUAUUCAAUUAAAAUGGAUCCUGUGAAGAUCAAGACAAUGUUUGAUCAUCGUCGUUCAAUCCAUUGUUCUUUGCUUAGAAAAAAAAUGAAUAAUAAUAAUAAUAAUAAAUAUCAAGCAUUUAAUGGUGAAGAUAGCUUUGUGAUUACAGUCGAGAAAGGAAUGAAAGAAGGGAAAACAAUUGAAUUUGAAAUUGAAAAUAAAACGUGUCAAGUGCAUGCUGCACUUACGAGGUUACCACCACUCUCUACUACUACUACUAUGAUCAAUAGCAGCCAUCAUCAUUCUUCAGCGAAUGAAUUACAGCAAAAUAACAAGCAAAAGUUAAAAUUUGAAAAUGAAUUAUAUCCUCAACAACCAAUUAAAUCAAUGGCACCUGCUCCAUUAACCUAUACCCUACAAAUCACAGAAUUAAGCUUACCAUUAUCAACUAUAGCAUUAGCAUAAAAGAAGAAGAUGC